UCUCUCUCUAACUCUCUCUCUCUCUCUCUCGGAGGCUUCAUCUGUUGGCAGCGGUCACUCCAUCGCUGACUUCCCUCCAGUUCUCACAUUCAAACCUCCAGUUCUUCUUUCAAUUCUCGCAGCUUCUCUUCACUGCUUCCGCGCUGCGACGCGUGGUUUGGUGGUUCGUGGUUGGUGACACAAGUCUUGGAUUUGGUGGCUUCUUCACGUUAAGACGGCGAAGCUUGGUUGUCUAGCUCCGAUGGGACCUGCCCAAGAGCCAGAUUGUUUUAUUGUCAAGGUUGGGGAUGCUGUUCUAGGAAAGGAUGGAGUGCCGUCGAAGGGACCUAUCUACAGGAGCGUCUACGCCAAGGAUGGUCUAGUCUCUCUGCCCGCAGGGAUGCAAUCAACUUGGGAUAGUUUCGUAGCUUCGAAAGAUAGAGAUGGUAAAAAAGAAAUGUUGGGGUAUCGUGAAAUCACUGACGGUGUGGCUGGGAAGUACAUUUGGUUUAAUUACCAGCAAGUAUAUGAAACAGUGGUCCAAAUCGGUUCUGCUAUUCGUCACAUUGGCGUACAGCCGAAAAGCAAAAUUGGAGUUUAUGGCAUAAAUUGCCCGCAGUGGUUCAUGGCCAUGGAGGCAUGCAACGCCCAGAGCAUGGUGUGUGUCCCUCUCUACGAUACUUUGGGUAAUGAGGCCGUGGAGUUUAUCAUCAACCACGCAGAAGUGUCCAUCGCCUUCAUUCACAAUACGAAGCUUGAUUUGGUCCUCGCCUCUCUUUCUAAGUGCAUCGAAACUUUGAAAACCCUAGUGAGCUUUUCAACUUACACAGAUGCACAGAAGACAGCAGCUUCAGCUCAGGGUGCAGCACUUUACUCCUGGGAUGAAUUUGUGGAUCUGGGAGCGAAAAAUGUUCAUGACUUAACACCUCCAAGUGCAUCUGAUAUUUCUACUAUCAUGUAUACCAGUGGCACAACUGGUGAGCCCAAGGGAGUGAUCCUAAGCCACGAGAAUAUCUUGAGCGCCAUCGCUGGUCUUAAUCAUUUUCUGAAAUCAAGGAAAGAGCCGCAUGAUUCUAACGAAAUCUACUACUCAUUUCUUCCUCUGGCCCACAUAUUUGAUCGUGUUACCGAAGAGUUUUAUGUUUUCCUCGGAGCUUCCAUUGGAUUUUGGCAAGGGGAUGUGAAGAAGAUAACUGAGGAUUUAGCGGAGCUAAAGCCAACAAUUUUUGUUGCAGUUCCUCGUGUCUUCGAUCGAAUUCAUGCUGGGAUAUCCGGAAGAAUUUCUACUGCUGGUGGGGUGAAGAAGAUGUUGUUUGACUAUGGGUUAAAACGAAAGAAGAAGUCUCUGUUCGAUGGUCACAAGCAUGACAAAGCUGCUCCAUUUUUCGACAAACUCGUCUUUAAUAAGGUGAAAAUGGCCCUCGGAGGUAAUGUUAAGAUCGUCAUAUCCGGGGCUGCACCCCUUGCUGGUCACGUUGAGGAGUUCUUAAGGGUUGUCACUUGUGCACCAGUUGUCCAAGGCUAUGGGUUGACCGAGUCAUGCGCAGCAAGCUUCAUCCAGGUGCCGAACGUGAUCAGUAUGCAUGGAACUGUUGGACCGCCCUUACCCAACAUCGAGGUUCGAUUGGUGUCAGUACCUGAGCUAAAUUAUCACGCUGAUUCUGCUGAUUCUUCCAGGGGUGAAAUUUGCAUUAGGGGUAGUACUUUGUUCUCCGGUUACUACAAGCGGCAAGAUCUCACUGAUGAGGUUCUCGUCGAUGGCUGGUUCUCCACCGGUGAUAUCGGGGAGUGGAAGAAAGAUGGAUCCUUGAAGAUCAUCGACAGGAAGAAGAACAUCUUCAAGUUGUCACAGGGUGAAUACGUUGCUGUCGAGAACCUUGAGAGUAUUUAUGGUCAAUGUGAAGCUAUCGAUCAGAUCUGGGUCUACGGGAACAGUUUCGAGUCCACACUUCUCGCAGUUUGUGUUCCUAAUCAACCUAAACUCGAGGAGUGGGCUAAAAGCAAUGGUGUUGAAGGGAACUUUGCUCAAAUUUGCAAAGAUCCAAAGGCUGUAGCGCACAUUAUGGCUGCUGUAAACGCUACCGGAAAGGAAAAGAAAGUCAAGGGCUUUGAGGCCAUAAAAGGCAUGGUUCUGGAGCCUUUGCCGUUUGACGUGGAGCGUAACCUAGUAACCCCAACCUUCAAGCUCAAGAGACCGCAGUUGAAGGAAUAUUACAAGAUUCAAAUUGAUGAGAUCUACGCUAGCCAGAAGAAGCAAUGAUAAUUUGUCGAAAGAUGACAUUUUUCUACUUUUGAUGGUUACUCAGAAGUUCCACAUUGUCCUCGUUUGUCAAGCAUGCGCCUCCAUCGUCUUCCAUUUGUGCCUUUUAGAUCUUAGUUAACUGAUCCGAGUGCGUGUUUGCAACUCGUCAUUUAUCAGAUCUAUGUACUGUCUUCCAUGCAGGCGCCUUACUGUAAAUUUCUCAUUUUUACCAUGUCUGAAAACAACCAGAUAUGAUUUCAAUGACUGAUUCUUAUUACCUUAGCUGCUUAUGGCAAUCUGUUCCCGGAAAACUACUGACAAUUGCGUUGCGCAACAAAGCAGUGUUUUACUUAGUUUGCAUGUAACCUUUACCUCACUUUGUCUCAACAAAUACCUUAUCGUACGAAAAUA